UAGCGUUUCGUUUAGGCAUAAUAUUAGGAUUAAAUAAAAAAAUAUGUUCUAUAUUUCGUAAAGUCCUAUAGAGGGAGUGAUUGUCUAUUUAGAUUCUUGUAAAUAAAUAUAAGUUUCUUUGCUUUUAUAUCAAUUUUUCCGCUUCCUGCUUAUAACUUGAUUCCUAGUUUCUCUUACUUCUUCUGAUAUUGCUUUAAAAGUGAUAUUGCUUUAAUAGAUUUUCCUCUCUUAUGACAAUUUGUAAACCUAUCUUACUUUUAUUAGUAUUGGAUAUUGAACAUUUAACUUAACAAUGAGUCGAUCUAUUGAUCGAAACUGAGAAUAAGCAAUUCAAAAAUUUUGUAACGUUAUACUAUGCAUUUUAAUCGUUGACUAUGCAUUAGUUCUUAUCCCAAAUGUGGGUAAUGGUAUUUUCAUUAAAAUUACACGUUUUAUCUCUAUUUUUUUUACUAUUGAUAGUAAACACUAGGUUAAAAGAACGCUUAUGAAAAUAUCGUGUUAGUCAAUCUUUCAAUAUGUGGAAUAGUAUGGCUCUCUAAUUUUAAAUGAAGAACCUACCAGAAUACCUCUAAAUUUGUAGUAGGUCUAUCAUAACUUUAAAUUUUUAGCUUAAUUUAGUCAUUUGUUUUUAGACAUCCGACUCGUUCUAUAUAGUUUUAUAUUAAAAAGUUUGUUUCUACGUAUUUGUAAAUUAUGAGUGGAGAAGAUCAAAUUUUCAUAAGAAAAGGAAAACGUAUCAGAUUAGAGGCUUUCCAACACCAGGUCGGAGGACAUACUCCAAUCUUUAAAUGUGGCUAUUCGACAGUAUGUAAAGCUUUUAAUAGACGAGAAUAUUUUAUAUAUAUCUCUGCCAGUCCUGAACUGGAAUCAUUUUUACCGAAACUAAUAGGCCUGAUGGAAGUUGGAUAUGCACAUAGUGAAGGAGAUAUCGAAAUUUAUGGUCAACAAAUACAGCUACUUGAUAAAGACCGAUUUCUCUAUAAAAAAGAAAAUCAAUUUCUUCUGAAAUCUGAUUGUCCGCAAAAGGACGUUACGGAAGAGGUUCAUAGAUCCUCAGUUGAAAAACUAUUCCUUCAUUCAGACCGAUUACAACCAUCUACUGGAAUUUCCAAUCCAUAUAGCAAUAGCACUUAUGUCAGAGCUUUAGAAAGACUAAAAGAUCGUAAACCGCCACAUUAUUUUACUCUUUUAGAGGAUCUUACUCAUUCUUUUAGUCGGCCAUGCGUUUUAGACUUGAAAAUGGGAACAAGACUUUACGGUGAUGAUGCUAGUGAAGAGAGGGUUGUUUUUCAUAAAAUUCAAUCUGAAAUGACAACAUCCUGUAGGCUAGGAGUUCGAGUAGGUGGCAUGCAGUUGUUUAAAAGGGAGCAGAAUAAAUAUUUAUGCUAUGGAAAGCAUCAUGGCAAAGCCUUAGAUGAUGAAGGAUUCAAAGAAUGGAUAUUGGUAGAACGUCUGAAAACUCUAAGGAAGAUCAUAUUGAAAAUGGAUGGUUGGCGAUUUUUUUCGUCAUCUCUCUUGAUCAUAUAUGAAGGCUUUGAAGCUUCCACUUCUAGGAUAGAUAUUAAAAUGAUUGACUUUACUCGCUCUACCAAUGGAAAAUUUUUAGAUGAUAGGAUUGUUCAUAAUGGUCCAGACGAUGGAUAUAUUUUAGGAAUAAAUACCUUGAUCAAUAUUUUUGAAAAUUUAGGUUCUUAG